AUGGCCGACGAGCUCGACGAACUGAUCGGCUUCCUCUCCGACCGCAACCCCCAGGUGCGGGGCGCGGCGGUGGACAUCGUGCGCGGGCUGACGGGCGGGGAGGACGGCCUCCGGGCACUCACGGCGCGCGCCGACCACGCCCUGCCGGCGCUGCUCCGCCUGCUGGCCUCCGCGGGCGGCAGCGGCGCGGGCGAGGCCGCGGCGGACUCGCUCGUCAACCUCAGCCAUGGACGUCGUGGCCAAGCGAGGCGGGGAGCAGCCGGCCCUCGCGCGCAGCCUCGUCAUGCUGCUCGUCAACCUCACCCACGUCGAGUCUGGCGUCGCCGCGCUUCUCCAGAUAGAAUAGAGAUUCUUCGAUAA